UGUUUUCGUGGGCGAAAACAGAUGGCUGGAUGGUCCCAUGAGCUUGUAUGGAUUCGCCAAGUUCGAGUAAAUCUCCAACACCAACUCGAGGACGUCACUUCACGAAAGCAAAUCAGGAUUCUGAUUUGUGCGCCACGGUCGAUAUCCCGAAAAUCCACCCAAGUCAAAUCGACGAUCUCAAUAGCACAAAGCUUGGCGAAGGGACAUUCGGUCACGUAAUCAAAUGUCGGUUCCGCCGUACACCUGACUCACCAUGGGAAAACAUAGCCAUAAAGUACGGCACGGAUCCAUCUCACCGGGAGAAUCUCAUUCGAGAAGCAAAAGUCAUACUGACUCACGUGGAUCACCCAAACUGCAUAAGAAUCUUCGGGUUCUACGAUUGUCCAAAAAAUGGUACGGGUGUUGCUAUGGAGCUGAUGGACUGCAAUCUAGCUUUUUUGAUCUCGAAGCAGUCUAUCAAGUACGAGAUUGAUCACGCAGUUUCGUGGCUAUAUCAACUAUCAGAUGCAAUGAAUUAUUUUCAUAGUAGGAAUCAAGUCCAUAGAGAUCUAAAAUUACAGAACCUUCUACUUUGCAAUCGCUAUCGUACCCUGAAAGUUUGCGAUUUUGGCACCUACACUACUUUACAUGACUCGAUGACUCUGAACAGAGGCACACCAAUUACAAUGGCUCCUGAGAUUAUCCGUGGUUCUAAACAAUACACUGCAAAAUGUGACAUAUAUAGUUUUGGUAUAAUUAUGUGGCAGAUUAUUGCGAGACGCGAUUCCCCUUAUCAGGCUUCUCAAGCAUAUGUAAUCUACUGGAACAUUGUAUCGAGUAAUUUGCGGCCACCGGAGCUUACGUGCAAUCCCCUACUUUCACGAUUUUACAAAAGGUGCUGGGAUGAUGAUCCAGAAGUACGCCCUACCAGUGAGCAAGUGAUGCACUAUUUGGCCAUUCUAAAAAUAGCUUUUCCAAAUGGUGACGAUGCUCUUAUUGAUACUAGUACAAAUGAACCCGCAAUCACUCCUCAACCAAAAUCGGCUACUCCGUGCUAUCCACGACAUCGACGAGUUUGCUCAGAUCAGUCAACCUUAAUUCGUGUUAAUCAAAGCCCUGCAUCUCCAGCAGAAUUAGCUCCACCUGCAGGCGUCAGAAAUAUCCGGUCGAAUUCGGCGUUCACGUAUAUACAGAACGCAUCCAGUGAGGUUCUAUACCCUCCUCGAUUCGAUACACCUCCUAGUGACAUGCCGGCAAAUGUACUUGAUUACAUUGAUCAUUCAUUCAAGCCUCCCGACCCAGUUAUUGGUGAUGAAGCGUCAGAACAAAUAUACAAUGAGCAUAUCGCUGCAUGUCACGAGCUUUAUGAUCAUGAUCUGAGUCUGCAACGAGCUCUUGCAGAUAAGCAUAACGCCAUAGUAAAUCUGGCUCAUAUGGAAGCUUAUCGGAAUCUGUUGGAGAGAAAGAGGCAACUUGAACAACUCAGGGAUGACGUUCUCAAAAAGAUUCAGCAACAAUCUUGAGCAGCGAAUAGAUGACUGUUACAAAUCGACUUGCCUCUUGUCUGCUCAUUUGCAUGUAUAGUCUAAAAUAUGUAUACUUAACCUACUACGUGUCUGCCAAAUGUAUUUAUAGUGGGUAGUGUUGUUGAUUCGAUGAUUCGAGUGCUAAUGGUAAGGUACUAAGCUUUGUGUCACAUUACGGAUUGUAUAAUUUGACAUGCAAUAAACAAUAGAGGGUAUUA